ACCCCUAAUGAGAAGAACGAACACUCGUACGACGGAUGGCCACACGAGCUACACAUAUGUAAACGAGAACACAGGACUCUGCUCUUUCAACCCAUUUCUUUAGAGCCACCAUGAAUCUCCUCUUCUCGUGCCUUAACACCACCAGUACUAUCGGAAUCCUAACAGCGUUGCUCUUGACAGUUUGGUUACUCCGGAGGUCAUCUAGAUCCUGGAAAGCCAAACUACCGCCGGAAGCCGCCGGAAAGUGGCCCCUUUUCGGCCAUCUCCACCUGCUAGCAGGACCCAAACUUCCACAUGAGGCCUUGGCGGAUUUGGCCGACAAAUACGGGCCCAUCUUCAGAAUCCGUGUCGGGGUGCACCCAGCGUUGGUGGUUUGCAGUUGGGAGGCAGCCAAGGAGUGCUUCACGGUGCACGAUGUCGUGGUCUCUUCGCGGCCCAAGCUCAUUAGCGGGAAGCUCUUGGGAUAUAACUACGCAAACUUUGGGUUCGCCCCGUACGGGGCGUUCUGGCGUGAGAUGAGGAAAGUAACCGCCUUGGAGCUGCUCUCCAAUCGCCGCCUUGAGCUGCUUCGUCAUAUCAGAGAUUCAGAGAUGGAGAUUUGGAUGAAAGCUAUGUACAGGAGGUGGACCGAGACAAAAGAUGGCACGGACCUUGCCCCAGUGGAGAUGAAACAGUGGUUCGGGAACUUGACACUCAACGUGAUCUUGCGAAUGGUUGCUGGGAAGCGCUACUCCAUCGGUGGCACGGCGGGGGGGGACGAGGGAAAGGCGCAGCGGUGCCAGAAGGAUGAGGAGAUGUUCCGCCUGGCGGGGCUGUUUGUGAUGGCAGAUGCUGUCCCUUUCAUGGAAUGGCUCGACGUGGGAGGGCAUCAGAAGGCCAUGAAGAGGACGGCGAAGGAGAUGGACAGUAUAUUUCAGGAAUGGCUGGAGGAGCAUCGCCAGAAAAAAAAGGAGGAGGAGGAGAAUUCAUCUGGUGGUGUUAAUGUCGAGCAGGACUUCAUGGACGUUCUGCUUUCUGUCCUGGUUGAGUCUAAGGCAGAGGAUGUUGAUGCUGAUACGAUCAACAAAGCCACAACUAUGACUCUGGUCGCAGGAGGCACGGACACGACCGCCGUCACCCUCAUAUGGGCUCUCGCCUUGCUCCUGAACAACCCGCUCACUAUCAAGAGGGCCCAAGCUGAGCUGGACGUCCACGUAGGAAGGGAUCGGCUGGUCAAAGAGUCAGACCUGAGCAAUCUCGUCUACGUCCAAGCCAUAGUCAAAGAGACCCUCCGCCUGUACCCGGCCGGCCCUCUCUCGGGCAUGCGCGAGUUCACUCAGGACUGCACCAUCAAGGGGUACCGCGUCCCCGCGGGCACAAGGCUCAUCACCAACCUGUGGAAGCUCCAGAGGGACCCGUGCGUCUGGGAGCGGCCCGACGAGUUCGAGCCCGAGCGGUUCUUGACCGGCGCACAUAAGGACGUGGACGUGAAGGGCCAGCACUUUGAGCUCAUCCCGUUCGGGGCUGGCCGUAGGGCUUGCCCCGGGGCGAACUUUGGGGUUCAAAUGGCGCAGCUGACGCUGGCCAGUUUACUGCAUGGGUUUGAUGUGAGGACCGCUCAAGAUGACGGCGUUGUGGACAUGACUGCAGUUGCUGGGUUGACCAUCGGCAAGGCAACGCCGCUUCAAGUCAUGGUGAGGCCUCGCUUGUCUCCUUCUGCUUACGAGGGAUUUGGAUCUUCUGUGAAUUAGGUCCUUCAUCAACCAAGAAGAAAGAAUAAUUCAAGUAAUAUCAGGAGUUUCAUGUCAAUGUUUGUGCCAUGAGAUAUAAGGGUGAUGGAGAUGUAUCCAGGAUGUUAUCAUAGACCCUUUAGAGAUUUUCUCUUAAUAUGCGAAGAGACAUUAGCUAUAUUGGAUAAAGCAAAUCCCUCGAUGAUUAGAUAGUUCAUUAAAUUCAUUAAUUAAGUAAAUGUCGUGCCGGGAUUCAAGUGAGUGGUAAUUUGCUCUUAAGUUAAUCCAUAGGUGAACUCUCCUCUAUUUUGAGUCCA